GCAAGCAUUUUAUUACCCCACGUGUAACUCCUAACAUAACCUGAUUAAAAAGUCCAGCCAUGCUAAAGAGAUGGUUUGGGACUAUCAUGGCCCGGACAAGACUUCUGAUUAUGGUUGCAUUUUGCUUGACACUAUUUUUGUAUAACCCAAAUUGCAGAACCCAUAAAAAUCUAAACCAUCAUAUGUUGUUUAAAGAGACCAUGGAUGAUAUGAAAAAUCAAGCUUUACUACAAGAACAUGAGCAGCAAUUUCAAUACUAUGCUGCUAGCCUAAGAAAGCAGAUCAUCCAUUUGAAGUCUGCUCUCAGAGGGAAAAAACAGAAAUCUUUGCAACAGGCUGCUGCAAUGCAAACAGUGGAGCUGGAGGAAUCACACACGAGUAACUCAGAACUUGAGUUGUUCCUUCAUAAGCAACUGCAUCGUAUGAAAAGUCGGGUAGGUUUGGAUAUACCAAAUGAGUAUGCUGCAGUGCCAUUUGAAAGCUUUACACUUCACAAUAUAUAUCACCUUGACACCGGGAUCAUGAGGCAUCCUGUGUGGAAAACUAUUCGAAGAGAUGUGGCUGGAGCGAUAGAAGCAGCUCUACAUAUCCUUAAUGGUCCUAAAGAUAAGGAUAACCCUCAGUAUCGUAAGAUCUACUCACCACGUGAUUUUUUUGAGGGAAUUUUUCUUUCUGAAAGAGAUAAAGGAUCUCUAUAUGAUCUCAUAUUCAGAGACAAUACGUCUCUGGACUUCAGGAGGCUGGAGCUCUUUCGGCCAUUUGCACCUCUGCAAGAUGUGACGGAUGAAGUAAUCGACACAUCCAGGAUGCUAAUAAACAUAAUUGUGCCAUUGGCCACAAGGGUGAACGCAUUUCAACAAUUCAUGAGCCAUUUUGGGGAAGUUUGCGUUCAGGAUGAAAGGAUUCAUCUUACUGUAGUGAAUUUUGGAACAGAGCAGAUGAAUGAAGUAAAAAGAAUUAUAGAAACUGCUGCAAGGAGAAUAAGAUCAAGGAACUUCACUCUAAUCAACCUAAAUGAGAAGUUUUCCAGAGGACGAGCUUUGAACGUGGGAGCUCGAGCCUGGAAGAAGAGUAAUGUCCUCCUACUUUUCUGUGAUGUCGAUGUCCAUUUUACUGUUGAUUUCCUAAACGCCUGCCGCAUCAACUCCCAACCUGGUAAACGAGUGUUCUAUCCCAUACCUUUUAGCCAGUACAACCCAAAUGUAAUUUAUGGCGACCAUAUACCCCCUCUUGAAAAACAGCAGGUAAUCAAUAAAAGCACUGGAUUUUGGAGAGAUUUGGGCUUUGGGAUAACUUGCCAGUAUUUGUCAGAUUUCAUCAACAUAGGAGGUUUUGAUGUGUCCAAUAAAUCCUGGGGAAAAGAAGAUUUGCAAUUAUACAGAAAAUACCUGCACAGUAAUCUCAUGGUGGUGCGUGCACCUUCACGAGGACUCUUCUAUACAUGGCAUGAAACAAUUUGUGCAGAAAAUUUACCAACAGAAUCUUUUUAUGAGUGCAUACAGACUAAGGCCAUGAAUGAGGCCUCUCACAGUAAGAUGGGACACAUGUUAUUUCACCAGGAAAUAGACAAUCAUCUACACAAAUACAACCAAACAGAAACUUUAUGAUAGUGGGGAACAUAUUACUGUACAUAUACAUUACAUGAACAAAAUAUUUUAUUUUGCUUUAAUAAUGCAAGUCUUGUUCUGUAUUUAUUUGCAUGCAGCGAUAAACUUUGAGGUUGAAGAAGUUAAGUACUGUAUCCCACACAAAAAAAUUAUUAAU